AUGUCAACUCAGCUUCCUUUUAAAGCCGCAAAACCUUCUCAAAGGGGGAGCUCCAAGCUCCACCCCCAGCGCUCUGCUCCUCAGAGGGAGCUCCACCCCCAGCGCUCUGCUCCUCAGAGGGAGCUCCACCCCCAGCGCUCUGCUCCUCAGAGGGAGCUCCACCCUCAGCGCUCUGCUCCUCAGAGGGAGCUCCACCCCCAGCGCUCUGCUCCUCAGAGGGAGCUCCACACCCAGCGCUCUCCUCCUCAGAGAGCUCCACCCCCCACCCCCAGCGCUCUGCUCCUCAGAAGGAGCUCCAACCCCAGCACUCUGCUCCUCAGAGGGAGCUCCACCCCCAGCGCUCUGCUCCUCAGAUGGAGCUCCACCCCCAGUGCUCUGCUCCUCAGAGGGAGCUCCACCCCCCACCCCCAGCGCUCUGUUCCUCAGAGGGAGCUCCACCCCCAGCGCUCUCCUCCUCAGAGGGAGCUCCACCCCCCACCCCCAGCGCUCUGUUCCUCAGAGGGAGCUCCACCCCCAGCGCUCUCCUCCUCAGAGGGAGCUCCACCCCCCACCCCCAGCGCUCUCCUCCUCAGAGGGAGCUCCACCCCCAGCACUCUGCUCCUCAGAGGGAGCUCCACCCCCAGCGAUCUGCUCCUCAGAGGGAGCUCCACCCCCAGCGAUCUGCUCCUCAGAGGGAGCUCCACCCCCAGCGCUCUGCUCCUCAGAGGGAGCUCCACCCCCAGCGCUCUAUUCCUCAGAGGGAGCUCCAGCCCCAGCGCUCUCCUCCUCAGAGGGAGCUCCACCCCCCACCCCCAGCGCUCUGUUCCUCAGAGGGAGCUCCACCCCCCACCCCCAGCGCUCUGUUCCACAGAGGGAGCUCCACCCCCAGCGCUCUCCUCCUCAGAGGGAGCUCCACCCCCAGCGCUCUGCUCCUCAUGGGGAGCUCCACCCCAAUGCUCUGUUCCUCAGAGGGAGAUCCACCCCCAACGCUCUGUUCCUCAGAGGGAGCUCCACCCCCAGCGCUCUGCUCCUCAGAGGGAGCUCCACCCCCAGCGCUCUCCUCCUCAGAGGGAGCUCCACCCCCAGCACUCUGCUCCUCAGAGGGAGCUCCACCCCCAGCGAUCUGCUCCUCAGAGGGAGCUCCACCCCAGCGAUCUGCUCCUCAGAGGGAGCUCCACCCCCAGCGCUCUGCUCCUCAGAGGGAGCUCCACCCCCAGCGCUCUAUUCCUCAGAGGGAGCUCCACCCCCCACCCCCAGCGCUCUGCUCCUCAGAGGGAGCUCCACCUCCAGCGCUCUCCUCCUCAGAGGGAGCUCCAGCCCCAGCGCUCUCCUCCUCAGAGGGAGCUCCACCCCCCACCCCCAGCGCUCUGUUCCUCAGAGGGAGCUCCACCCCCCACCCCCAGCGCUCUGUUCCACAGAGGGAGCUCCACCCCCAGCGCUCUCCUCCUCAGAGGGAGCUCCACCCCCAGCGCUCUGCUCCUCAUGGGGAGCUCCACCCCCAAUGCUCUGUUCCUCAGAGGGAGAUCCACCCCCAACGCUCUGUUCCUCAGAGGGAGCUCCACCCCCAGCGCUCUGCUCCUCAGAGGGAGCUCCACCCCCAGGGCUCUGCUACUCAGAGGAGCCCCCCCCAUCGCUCUGCUCCUCAGAGGGAGCACCACCCCCAGCGCUCUGCUAAUCAGAGGGAGCUCCACCCCCAGCACUCUCCUCCUCAGAGGGAGCUCCACCCCCAGCGCUCUGCUCCUCAGAGGGCGCUCCACUCCCAAGGGAGCUCCACCCCAGCGCUCUGCUCCUCAGAGGGAGCUCCACCCCCAGCGCUCUCCUCCUCAGAGGGAGCUCCACCCCCAGCGCUCUCCUCCUCAGAGGGAGCUCCACCCCCAGCUCUCUGCUCCUCUGAGGGAGCUCCACCCCCAGCACUCUCCUCCUCAGAAGGAGCUCCACCCCCAGCGCUCUCCUCCUCAGAGGGAGCUCCACCCCCCACCCUCAGCGCUCUGUUCCUCAGAGGAAGCUCCACCCCCGGCGCUCUCCUCCUCAGAGGGAGCUCCACCCCCCACCCCCGGCGCUCUCCUCCUCAGAGGGAGCCCCACCCCCCCCCCCCAGCGCUCUGCUCCUCAGAGGGAGCUCCACCCCCCACCCCCAGCGCUCUGUUCCUCAGAGGGAGCUCCACCCCCCACGCCCAGCACUCUGUUCCUCCUCCUCAGGGAGCUCCACCCCCAGCGCUCUGUUCCUCAGAGGGAGCUCCACCCCCAGCCCCUGUUCACUCACUGUUCCUCAGAGGGAGCUCCACCCAUCCCCAGCGCUCUGUCCUCAGAGGGAGCUCCACCCCCCACCCCCAGCACUCUGUUCCUCAGAGGGAGCUCCACCCACCCAUCCCCAGCGCUCUGUUCCUCAGAGGGAGCUCCACCCCCAGCGCUCUCCUCCUCAGAGGGAGCUCCACCCCCAGCGCUCUGCUCCUCAGAGGGAGCUCCACCCCCAGCACUCUCCUCCUCAGAGGGAGCUCCACCCCCAGCGCUCUGCUCCUCAGAGGGCGCUCCACCCCCAGCGCUCUGCUCCUCAGAGGGAGCUCCACCCCCAGCGCUCUGCUCCUCAGAGGGAGCUCCACCCCCAGCGCUCUGUUCCUCAGAGGAGCUCCACCCCCAGCGCUCUGCUCCUCAGAGGGAGCUCCACCCCCCCCGAGCGCUCUUUUCCUCAGAGGGAGCUCCACCCCCAGCGCUCUCCUCCUCAGAGGGAGCUCCACCCCCAGCGCUCUGCUCCUCAGAGGGAGCUCCACCCCCAGCACUCUCCUCCUCAGAGGGAGCUCCACCCCCAGCGCUCUCCUCCUCAGCGGGAGCUCCACCCCCAGCGCUCUCCUCCUCAGAGGGAGCUCCACCCCCAGCGCUCUGCUCCUCAGAGGGACCCCCCCCCCCCAGUGCUCUGCUCCUCGGGAGCUCCAUGCCCCACCCCCGGGACUCUGCUCUCACAAAGCAGUGCACCCAUCCCCCAGAAUGGAGGGAAGAGAGUGAGAUGAGCCGAGCUGCGGUGUUGGCUGGUGCAGCAUGA